AUGAAACGCCAUUGGAUGGGAGGCGAGAGACGUGUCGCCAAAAAGAAGAAAGACACAAAGUGUUUGAUCCAAAAAAGCAUUUUUGAGAAGUAUAAAGAAAAGGAAACAAAGGAAAAGUAUCCCCAAGUAGUGACUCAAGACGUCGUGUCACUUUUAGGGAUUAAUAUCGGGCAGAUCAAGAAGAGUUUUGGAAACGAAGAAAUUACAGUCGGCGAAAGCCUUCAAAAAGAAAUAGAGACUGAUGCUCAAAAUGAAGAACUCAUUACUGAAAACAAUGGCAUUGAAACAGAAACACAAGAAGAGAGUGAGAGUGCUUCAUCACGUGUCCAAAACGAAGAGAAAAGUCGCGAAAACAGUGAAGGGCAAAUUGUUCUGGGCGCAGACGAUUUUUUGUUGUAA